AUGAGUCAGGCUCGUUCAAACCUUGGCUACUUUAACACCUAUGAUGGUGGCAUGGUCUACACUGGUUCUGUGGACAACAAAACUCCACAGAAUGGACAGACUGUAUAUACGCAACCUUGGUCUCAGAUGCCUGUUGGUGCCACGGCUCCUCUCGCUGCACCACAGUGGUCUGGACAAUACUACCGACGUUAUGAGGGAUGGUACGAGCCCGAAAUGCUUUCUUCGAGCGAUAUGACCUCGGAGACCAGCGGUCUCGACCACAGCGCUACGCCAAGUCUACACCGAUCAGACUCUGGAAACUUUUCUGAAGUUUGGGACCAAGAACCUCCCAUACCAUUCUCGCCCUUCCAGCCCCACACGUCUAGUGGAUUGCUCAAUAACAUUGGAAGUGCCUUCAUGCCUCUUCAGCUUCCCGCAUGUGCCACCAGCCACCCUAAUGAGAUGAUGCCACAGUCAGAUUUGAUUCUCGGUGACUUGGAGUUGAACGACCCUGAAUCGUCGCCCCCUGAAUCGGAUGCAGUGUCUCACGCGGCUACGCACCACUCGCCUCUCUUGGAUGCCGAAACUUCUCUCGCUCAGCCGUGUCAUAUACAGCCCCGUGACCAAUCCGUGUCAGAGAGGCCAAGAAAGGCGCGACAAGCCAAAGAGACCAAUACGAGCCAGCCAAAAAGACUCACUCGAACGAACAGUACUAGGGCUCGCCUCUUUUGUGAAGCUUGUCGCGACAGCAAGGACUACUCUCGUGGUUUCCGUGGAGAGCAUGAGCUUGCGCGCCACUAUGCGCAGAAGCACACCAGGCACAAGAAAGUGUGGAAGUGCUUCGACUUGAGCCCGGAUCAAUUAAUGCGCAAUUGUGAGAGAUGCAAGACCGGCCAUCAAUACGGCACUAGUUAUGGUGGCGCCGAGCAUUUUAGAAGAAAGCAUACCGGAAUCUUUGGGAAAGACAUGAUGGAGUUGCUGAGAGGCAAGAAUCAACGUUGGGCCCUGAGCAGCAACCGCUUGAUCGAAGAGGGCUGGCUUCGUCAAGUGUUUGUUCCAGGUGACGGUGAGCCAAUGCCCCACCAAGAAGAGCAGGCCGCGAGUAGCGGUCUUGCGCCCAUGCCCAUCGCGGAACAUUCGCAGGAGGUCAUCUCAAACAGUGAGAUGCAGAGGGCACAUCUGCAUCAGCCCUAUGAUCAGCAACUUGUGUCGAUGCAUGAUGCAAAUCUGGCUUGGCCCCAGCGUCAAUAUAUGCUUCAGCCUUAUCACCAGCUGCAUCCUGGUCAGCAACAACACCAGCACCAACAGCCAUGGCAUGCAGGCAUGCACUGA